AUGAACAACCAGGCACUUCAAGUAUCGACCCUGCUGAAUCCAGAUGACUCUCAAUCAAGAAGCUCGAUACCAAACACACCAACGUCGAACAGACUCUCUCAGCACCAACAGCAACCAAGCACGAUCUUGCCGUCGAUCAACCAGACCUUCGAUGUGGGAAACCGUGGAAGUGUGGACUACCACCAAUCGUUCGACUCGCGCAGAAGUAGCAUUGACAGCCGUGUUCACAAUGGUAUCUCCAACCUAGGUCUCAACAACCCCACGUCUCCCUACGAAAGCCAAAAUGGCUCUCAAGUCUCGUUGGCUGCCAGUCUUCGACGACCCAACAACGGAAACACUAUGUCACCCAUGAGUGGUCGUGGCAGCAUCCGCGGACAGGGUCCAAGAGUUGCGCCUCCAAUCGUUGGUGCUUCCCGAGUUCCCGGCGGUCCUGACCCAAUGGCUUCCAAGCCAACCCCCGGUCAUGCCUGGGCCUUCCCUGACGACCCGAUAGCUGAAGAAUCAAGACGCGAAUCAAGCAGCGAGGACUCUCAACGUCACAGCAUCUCCAGAACCAACAGCUAUGCCGCAUCUUCUAUCAGAAGCAGCAUCUUCUCUCAGGGCGAAGGUCUCCCUUAUGGCCAGAGAAGAUUUGAUGAUGAUGCACCAACCCACCAUCACCACAGCAUGAGCCAACACAGAUUGUCUGCUCUUCAGAACGAGGCCAACAUGUCAGGUGGUGGAAACUACAGCCGUACGCCAGAAUUGCGUAUCAGCCACAAACUUGCAGAGCGCAAGCGCCGUAGUGAGAUGAAGGAUCUCUUCGAGGAGCUCAACAGAGUUGUUCCAACCAACGGUGGCGCAAAGGCUAGUAAAUGGGAGAUCUUGACNAAAGGGUGA